AUGCAGCAAGUGCUUGAUGUCCAUGUAGAUAACAAGGAAAACAGGGAGGCUUUCCCCAUGAGGACAGAAGACCUACUGAAGGAGAAUAGAAAGCAGCUGCUUCCCAAAGAGGAAAAAGAUAAAGACAAAUAUGAAGACCUUUGGACAUGCGAAGAUGACAUGAGCUCCAACCUAAAGAAACUUAAAAGAACAAAAUCCUUGGUGGCUGGGGGUGAGGCCCAGGACCUUUACCGCACUUUCACUUAUGACGAAGAGGGAGACGAAAAGAUUUUUGAGAAGGUAGUGGAGAAUUUUAAGAGGUUCUGUGAACCGAGGAAGAAUGAAAUAUAUGAACGAUACUGUUUCAGAACAUGUGAUCAGCAAGUCGGUGAAACUUUUGAGCACUACGUAACGGAUCUCAAAAACAAAGCAGAUACGUGUAACUUUGGCAUUUUAAAAGAAGAAAUGAUCAGAGACCAGAUCGUUGUUGGCAUCAGAGACCUCAGACUAAAAGAAAAACUUCUCUGCACGGAAGAUCUAACCCUCCAGAAAGCCGUACAGACGUGCAUGGCCGCGGAAACCUGCCAGGAGCAAAUGAAAACCCAUGUAGCAGUGACAAGCCUCAUAAAAGUAAAUCUUCAACUAGAGACUGUUGCAGAUGUGGGGGGGGACCACAAUAAAUACAAGUGUCCGGCAUGGGGAAAGAUGUGUAGAAAAUGCAAAGGAUGGAACCAUUUUGCAAAUAAAUGUAGAACAGACAGUAAAGUACAUGCUCUGAAUGCUGUAUCUGAUGAAGAAGAUGAAGAACUAUUUGUUUCUACAGUCAGAACUGACAGAUCAAAGUCAAACCAAGACUGUGUAUCAAUACUAGGAGCAGGAGAUAGUGAAAAACGUGGUUUAGUAAUAAGAACUAGAGAUGUCAGAAAAGUAUAUGUAUAUGGCAUUACAGAGGGUGCUUUAAUGAAGGAUUACAUCAAAGAAAAGUACAGAGAUGUAUUUACAGGUAUUGGUUGCCUGGAAGGUGAAGUUUGUAUUAAACUCAAAGACAAUGCAAAGCCAAUAAUAUGUGCAGCUCGUAAAGUACCUUUUGCUUUGAGAGAUAAACUCCAGAAAGAAUUAGAAAGAUUGGUAAGUCAGAACAUAAUAAAGAAAACAGAUGGUCCCACAGACUGGGUACUUCCCUUAGUAUUAGUUGAAAAAGCUAAUGGUAACCUUAGAAUAUGCAUGGAUCCUCUAAGAUUGAAUGAAUAUGUCUGCCGAGAACAAUAUCAUUUACCAGAGAAAUCUGAAAUAGAGAGUGACAUGGCAGGUGCCAAGUGUUUUUCAAAACUGGACCUUCGCCAUGGUUUCUAUAACCUUAAGUUAAAUGAGCAAAGCUCUAGGUUGUGUACAGUGGCUACACCGUUUGGUAGAUAUUCAUUUCUUAGGAUGCCAUAUGGGGUGAAAAGUGCACCAGAGAUUUUUCAUGCUAAGAUAGCUCAGUUAUUUGAAAACGAUAAAAAUGUGAAAGUUUUUAUUGAUGAUAUAGUGAUUUAUGCUGAAACAUGGUCAGAGCAUAGCAGAAUUUUACAACAUGUGAUGAAUAUCGUAGAGAAAGCAGGUGUGAAGCUCAAUGGAGACAAAUGUGAAAUAAGUUGUACUGCUCUAAUAUUUCUAGGUGAUUGUCUUACAGAACAUGUUAUAAAGCCAGAUUCAUGUAAAGUCACUGCUAUAAACAAUAAGCCUGAUCCAACAUGUAAGGAAGGAAUUACUUGA